AAAAUGGAGGGGGCCACCACUCACGGUUUUAUUCUCCAUUCAAGGUUUUAUUUUGGCAUUUAGUUGAUGCCUUGGGAACAUAUCACGGUGAGAGGAGUUCAAAAGAAUGAAAGUGCUGAAUUUGAUUAAACUAGUAUUAUGAAGGUGGUGUCACGGCCCACAUGGAAAAGUUUUGGUGCAGAUUUUCUUUCAACUCUCCAUGCUCUUUCACUUCAAGCUUUUGCUUUUAAUUUUUCAAUUGAUAGAAGCUCACAGUUUAUGGUCCAUCCACCACUUAGAAAAUGAUCUUUUCUUUGGAAGAGAGAAGCAUAUUCACGGAGAAAAGGGAUGGUGUGCACGGUUUUAUUUCAGCUGGAAGAAGAAGCAAACCAUGAAGGAGCUCUCGGUACAGUAGCUUGAAGCCACCACCGGAGAGGAGAAAGUCACAGCUGUUACUGGUUUAAUUUUGGAAGUUAGGAGAAGAGUUGAUUGGUUGCUUGGAGGGAGCACGAUGGUUGACGUCCAGCAGCACAUCCAGUCAUUUUCACCAUGGCAGCAGAGAACACACAGAGCAGCCACCACCAAAAGAAAAACAUACUCUUUGGUCCAGCAGAAACACUUCUCGGUCACAGCACAAGGAGAGGAGUUCACGUGGGCAGCAAACCUCAUUUUCUCAACUGAUUCACGUAGCCAUCCUGUAGCAAAGAAAAGGAGAUGCUCCACGGUCUGGUCCAACACAUGCAGCAGCUUCACAUGCUGUUACAGCUGGGAGAAGGACGUCCAAACUGAUGCACGGAAGAAGGAGCUGGAAUGGGUACGUGUUGAAGCAGCUACGGCAGCGUUGGAAGCUCUUCCAAUCUCCUUUGAAGAAGCACCACGGUGAUGGAAGGGGGUGAAGCUUUAGUCCAGAAAUUCGUUCCAGUGGAAUGCAUGGUUUUUAUUUCUUCUUUUAAGAUGAUUCUCGGACAUAGAGAAUGAGUUCGAAGCAAGGAGCACUUCACGGUACAACAGCAACACUUGGAGAAGAGAAGAGAAGAUGGAAAUGCUGUCACGGCUGGAAUGGUGCACACGUGAAGAGCUGCACUUCCACGGUCCAAGCAAAAGAGAAGAAUGGAAAGAAGAGUACACACAGAUCAUUUGGACCUAGAGAAAGGAGGUGCUCUACCGUCCAACAAACACAGCUGCAAACGGACAAUCAGCUUGGAGUGUGGGCACCACCGUUUAAAGAAGUUGGCAACAUCCAUAGGGGAAGCAAAGUCCACAGACACUACAAAACUAGACCAGCCCCUUUUGUUUAUUUUGGCACAUACAGAAAAAUACUAGAGACAAAAUGGAACUCCAAACCGGACAAGGGAAACCGUAAAAGCUGGGUGGCAAGUUGGCAGAAAUGAAGGAGGGGAUUCGGGAGUUUGGCCAUAGUUUUGGCUAUAAAAUGCAAGCAGCAGCAGAUUAGUUUUCAGUUAGAAUUUUAGGAAGACAACCACGGGUGUUUUAUUUUCUGCAGCUCAUUUUUUCCUCCUCCCCGUUGGGGAGGUUUAGGAUUUGUUUAAUUUUAUAGUUUCUAUGUAUUGGAUUUUAAUUUAAGUUAAUGGUAAUUUCCACUGUGUUUUAAUUUUAAUUGUCAAAAUUUCAUUUUCAAAUUACGUUUACAAAAACUUUAUUCAGUUGUUUCUCAGCUUUAUUUUUACAGUCUGUUAAUUUUACUCCUUUCAGUAUUUAUUUUUCCGCAUCCAAACAAUAACACAAAAACACCCCCCACUUCGUGUUUGAUCUGAGAUUGAACCAUAAAUUGGUCCUUGAGAGACGACCUAGGAGUCACUUCCUGCUUAUACUGCAUUAUUUCGUGCACAUCAAAUUUGUAUGACCGCGACAGUCGUAUCAAAUUUUGGUGUCGUUGCCGGGGACCAGUCGGAGGUUUGGUUUUAGAUUUUCGUUGUGUAAAUUUUUGUUCUACUAAUAUGUGUGUUUUGUGUGUUUUGUCUUGUAUAUUUUUGUAGGCGACAACGACACCUUCAGCAAAUUUUGGCGGCGUUGUCACUUCAGUUCAGGUUUUUUGUUUUAGAUUUUUACUGUGUUAAUUUAUGUUAUGUUAAUAUAUGUUUUGUCUUUUAUAUUUUUAUUGUGUUGUGUUUUGUAUUAUGUGUGUUAAUUAAAAAAAUAAUAAUUAAUUAAAAAAAAAAAUUGUUCUGUCUUGUUUGUGCUUGAAGCAUGUUUAAUUGUGUUGUGUUUUAUUUUGUGUUGUGAUGUGAUGUUCUAUUUUCUGUAUGCGUGUCAUAUGUAUUUUAUCUGUUAAUUCAAAAAAAAAUUCCUAUGUUUUAUUUGUUUCGAAUUUUUCUUUCUAGAUGUCUACCUAUUUUAAUUUUGUGAACAGUGCUUAUUCUGCCGAUACCUCUAAUUAUGAAUCUCCUUUUGUAUGGUGCUCUGAUUAUAAUUCUGCUAAUUUCUGUAAUGAGAACAAUAUUGCGCAUCCUCUGGUGAGGGGCGUACAUGAUGAUGUUGCCCAGUCUUUAUUAAAUUUUGAAAGCAAGUUGGACGGCAAGAUCGACUCUCUUGCGAAGUUGGUGACACAGUUGACUACCAACCGGAGAUCUGCAUCUCCAUCUGCAUCUAUUGCACGACUAUGUGCUAUUUGUCUUUCCAGUAACCACUAUACAGAUGCAUGUCCUUCUUUGCAGCACCUUGUUGCCUCUGAUGCGCCUCAGGCUUAUUCUACGAACAUCUACAACAGGCAACAAAAACAGCAGCAACAACAGCAGAUGCAAUUUUAUGACGCUUCCUUUCAAAUAACUCCUCAGCCUUCAACUUCUGAGCCUACAUUGAAGGAGUUAAUGGAGCAGAUGACCAUGCAGAGCAUUCAGUUCGAGCAAAUCCAGCAGGAAACUCAAGCUUCCAUGAAGAAUCUAAGUGAUCAGGUCAGGCAGAUGGCCACUCUUGCACCAGAGGAGACUGCUGAUGAAUAUUUUGAGGACCACGCAGAAAUAAGCAGCAAUUUCAAACCAGAGAAAAUUUUGGAAAUAUUUUGAUACAAAGAGAAAAUUACAUUUAUUAUGUUUAAGCUUUGGAGAGAUGCAUGUUGCUGGCUAAAAGGAAAUCACGGUGAAAGUGAAAGUGGAAAUUUUUGAAGCACAAUUUUUUUGGCUUGCUUGGAACACAUCACACGGCCUUAAGAAUUUGAUUUCUUAAGAAGUAGAAAUCAUUCACGGACACAUGGCAUCCCUUCUCUUGUCUUUGUCAGAAAUUGAUUGAAAAAAUGUUAAGAGACAACAACACACGGCCCAUUGGAAUUAAAGUGGGAGCCGCCACCUAGUGUUGGAUGAUUUCUUUUCUUUGUAUUAGGAGAAGAAAAUCGUGCAUGGAUGGAAUAAAGGGACCACCACGUUUUGAAUUAUUGCAGCUCAUGGUUUUCCAAUAUCAUUUCCUAUCAAUAACAAUUCAUUUUUGGCAAGCACAUGGAAGAAAAGCGGGGCCGCCAAUUUGAGAAGGGAACAAUGUUUAAUUGAAAAGAAUGCCACAUAAGAGGAGGGGACCACGUUUGUUUGGAAGCACACGGUCAUGGGAACUUAUUCUCCUUUGUCAUGGAUGGUGGAAAGAAUAAUGGAAAUCAUACUUUUUGUUUUCAAUUUGGUUUCUUAAAGAAUUAUGUCACGAAAAGAGUGCUUGGAGGCCCCCUCAUGCUUUGGCACGUUAGUUACUACAAUAUUCAAUUGGACAACACAUUAGGCCGCCCCAUUUAUUUUGGCUUACGUGGUUUUCAAUAGUUAUCAUCAUCUUUCAGGAGAAGGGCAUGAAGUGAGGACUACAGACAAGCUCUUUUACUUUGGAAGAAAUGCUGAUUUCCUUUUAUUUAAGGGGUGCGCGUCCAUCACAUGAAGAGGAGUUCACGGCCUGCACAAGCCAUCAAAGAAGUGCAAGAACCUUCCAGCAGGCUUGGAGAUAAAGAGUGGUGUUCUUGAACGGACAGCAUGCUUGGAGAUUCAUGAAAAUGAAGCUGGAGGAAGCAGCGUUCCAGCAGCAGCCACCUUGGAUGAGAAUAAAUGGAGUGUUGCAGAUGAAGGGAAAGAGAAGAGCUGCUGCCAUCAGGUGCUGUCACGGUCUUUAGCUGGAAGGAAAGGAGUCUCAGCAAGAAGAUAGCAGUCAAGUAUCUUCACGGAUGAUGGCAGCAGAGAGCAUGUCCAGCAAGCAGAGAACUGGGACGUUUUGGACCAGCUGCAACGUGACUAAAGGAGAAGGCUGGAAGCUUGGAGGUGCUGCAAGUAGAUGGAGCAGCCACCACCGAGAAGACCCCUUCACAUUCUUGUUGCUAGCACACAUGCUGGAAUGAAGAAAGGAGUCUACUGCUAAAUGUAGAAGGAAGAAGAAGAAGCAUCCACCUGCACCCUGGAACAAGGAGGUCUCGGCUGCUACCAUGAAUUGAAGAAGAAGUUGUCACGUUCCAGCAGUGAUUGAAGGGGCACGUCCAACUCACAUCCAAGGGAAGAAGCUCACGGUCAGCUGGGAGAAGAGGCAGAGAUCACGGCCAAAAUGGAGAAGGAAAGGACAAAUGGUGAUUCACGAGAAGAAAGAAAUGCAACGGAUUGCAAUUGGAAGUGGAGCCCACCUAUUUCCUUGACAAAUUUAGGAGUGAAGAAAGUCUCCAACCUAUGAAGGCAGAGGACAAAACCUUGCUGGAGACAACGAGGGGCUCACGGGAGUUUGUUUCUGAGUUUUGGCUAUAAAAGAAAGCAAGCAGCAGAGAAGAAAACUCAUUAGAAUUAGGAGUAGAGUUAGGAGUGCAGCCAUGGACGUUUUCAUUCUGAGUGUUCAUUUUUCCUCCUCCCCUUUGGGGAGGUUUUGGAUUUGCUUUAAUUUUCAGUUUAAAUUGAAUUUCAAUUGUAAUUUCCAUUUUCCAUUUCUCAA